AUGGCUCAAGCUACGGUCACGACAACCAACCUGACACCAAGUCCAAGGGCGGGACUGGAAACUCCAAAACGAGCUCCGAAGCAAGCGCAGAACUCACCACUAGUUUCCCUUAUAGCAGGUGCUACCGCCGGUGCAGUUGAGGCCUCGAUCACAUACCCAUUCGAGUUCAUCAAGACUAGAUCCCAGCUCCGCUCAAAUGGUCAAUCUGCAGGCAAAUCUCCUCUCUCGGUCCUUCGAAGUACGAUAGCACAAGAUGGACUCUUCGCUAUAUACACGGGAUGCGGUAGUCUUGUUGCUGGCACCGCACUCAAGGCCAGUGUGCGAUUCUUCACAUACGACAGCAUCAAGCAAAUGCUUUCAGACGAUCGAGGCAAGCUAUCUCCAGCUCGAGGCAUCUUGGCAGGAAUGGCAGCCGGCGCCGUCGAGAGUGCUGUAGCAGUCACACCAACAGAACGGAUCAAGACAGCUCUGAUCGACGAUGCCAAAGGUGCCAGGAGGUUCAAGGGCACGACGCAUGCCAUUGGCCUGUUGGUACGAGAACAAGGCAUCCAGGGCAUCUACCGUGGUCUCCUUAGCACGACAAUCAAACAGUCAGCGACGUCUGCAGUCAGAAUGGGAUCAUACAAUGUACUGAGAACAGAGUAUCAGGAGCGUCUCGGUGCACCACAAGCUGUAGGAACGUUCGCCAUCGGGGCAGUGGCAGGUACUAUUACCGUCUAUGCGACGCAACCAUUCGAUACGCUCAAGACAAGAGCUCAAGGGGCACAGGGCGAGGGCAUGUUGGUCGCAGCUCGAUCGAUAUUACUUGAUGACGGUUUCAAGGGGUUCUGGAGAGGCAGUACCAUGCGACUUGGCCGGCUCGUCAUGUCUGGAGGAAUUGUGUUCACCAUCUACGAGCAAGUGGCUGCGCAAUUAAGAGGUCUCAAGUGGUAG